CACGCGCGUGUCCGUUCCCCGGAUGUUCUGCGUGGCGUUUUUUUGAGUUCGGCGGCGGUUUUCCGGUAAAGUUAAACUGCAGCUAUUACGAUCCCGGUCUAACGGAGGAUGAAGCGCUCUGAUCCCCGCUCUCACCGCUAAGGCAGAGUCACUUGGAGUCAGUCAUGAAGCAGCGGCAGAGGAGCUCACAGCGUUCGCGGGACUCAGAGGAGGAGACCCGGAGCGAGCGCUCCAUCACCGCGGCCCCCUCUGAGCGCGCAGCCGGACUCUCGCUCUCCCGCGGCGGCCUGCUCUACCUCUGCGUGCCGCUGAUCCUCUCAGGGCUCUAUGUGCAGCAGGGCUGGAGGCUGUCAGAGGUGGAGCAGAAGUACGAGGCUCUGCUGGAGCGCAGCCGCAGCUCUGAUCAGAUGGAGGAGAAGAUGGAGGAGAUCUCUGCGCAGUGUGCGAGUGUGCAUGCGCUGGUGUCUGCGCUGGACUCAGGAGUGUGUGUGUCUCAGAUGGAGAGUGUGUAUGAGCGGGUGUCAGAGCUCCAGCAGGGCUUCUCCAGUCUCUCUCUGCAGUCUCAGCAGCUCCGGCAGAACAUCAGCUCGCUCGCCCUCAGCCUGCAGGACAUGGACAACCACAGCAGUGUGCUGUGGUCCGGCGUGUCCUCCAGCCUGUCCUCCAUCCGCACAGACGUCAGGCGUGUGUCGGGGCUCCAGAUGGAGGUGCAGGACCUGCUGCAGCACACCUCCAGCCUGCAGGAGGAGCAGGGCCGGCUGGAGAAGCUGAUGGUGCGGCGCGUGGGGGAUCUGCUGGCCGACAGCAUCAGCCGCGUGUCCGCCGUCAGGAGCUCCGCCGAGAGCCACGCGCAGCGCCUCCAGCAGCUCCACACACACCUGCAGCAGCUCUCCUCCACACAACACACACUCUCCACCCGCAUGCUGGAGCUGCAGAGCACGCAGGCCACGCUGAGGAGGAGCGCCAGCUACAGCGCAGACCUCCAGCCCACGCUCAGAUCCACACACACACGCCUGAACACGCUGGAGACAAGGCUGGACGAGCUCACACUGCGAAUCGGACACAUCGCGUACGACAUACUCCACUACAACAUCAUGCAGGAACCCAGAGGAGACAUCAUCAACAACACCAUGGAAGAACCCAGAGGAGAAGAGGAGCUGGAGGACCACAGAGAACACAUGAUCAACACUCAGGAGGAGAUGGAGGAGAAAAACAGAGAACAACUCAAGACCCACCGAGAAGAUAUGAUAAACUCUCAGAAGGAGAACCAAAAAGAAGAAGAACAUCUGGAGAACGACAGAGAAGACAUCAUAGACACUGAAGACAACCAUCUAGAGAACCACAGACAAGAAGAACAUCUGGAGAACCACAGACGAGAAGAACAUCUGGAGAACCACAGACAGGGCAACAUAGACACUGAAGAUGAACAUCUGGAGAACCACAGACAAGAAGAACAUGUAGAGAACCACAGAGAAGACAUCAUAGACUCUGAAGACAACCAUCUGGAGAACCACAGACAAGAAGAACAUCUGGAGAACCACAGACAAGACAACAUAGACACUGAGGAUGAACAUCUGGAGAACCACAGACAAGAAGAACAUCUGGAGAACCACAGACAAGACAACAUAGACACUGAAGAUGAACAUCUGGAGAACCACAGACAAGAAGAACAUCUGGAGAACCACAGACAAGACAACAUAGACACUGAAGAUGAACAUCUGGAGAACCACAGAGAAGACAUCAUAGACACUAAAGACAACCAUCCAAAGAACCACAAACAAGAACAUCUGGAGAACCACAGAGAAGACAUCAUAGACACUGAAAAUGAACAUCUGGAGAACCACAGACGAAAAGAACAUCUGGAGAACCACAGACAAGAAUAACAUCUGGAGAACCACAGACAAGACAACAUAGACACUGAAGAUGAACAUCUGGAGAACCACAGACAAGAAUAACAUCUGGAGAACCACAGACAAGACAACAUAGACACUGAAGAAUAACAUCUGGAGAACCACAGUGAAGACGUCAUAGACACUGACGAUGAACAUCUGGAGAACCACAGACGAAAAGAACAUCUGGAGAACCACAGAGAAGACAUCAUAGACACUGACAAUGAACAUCUGGAGAACCACAGACGAAAAGAACAUCUGGAGAACCACAGACAAGAAUAACAUCUGGAGAACCACAGACAAGACAACAUAGACACUGAAGAUGAACAUCUGGAGAACCACAGACAAGAAGAACAUCUGGAGAACCACAGACAAGACAACAUAGACACUGAAGAUGAACAUCUGGAGAACCACAGACAAGAAUAACAUCUGGAGAACCACAGUGAAGACGUCAUAGACACUAAAGACAACCAUCUGGAGAACCACAGACGAGAAGAACAUCUAGAGAAACACAGAGAAGACAUCAUAGACUCUGAAGACAACCAUCUGGAGAACCACAGACAAGAAGAACAUCUGGAGAACCACAGACAAGACAACAUAGACACUGAAGAUGAACAUCUGGAGAACCACAGACAAGAAGAACAUGUAGAAAACCACAGAGAAGACAUCAUAGACUCUGAAGACAACCAUCCAAAGAACCACAAACAAGAACAUCUGGAGAACCACAGAGAAGACAUCAUAGACACUGACGAUGAACAUCUGGAGAACCACAGACAAAAAGAACAUCUGGAGAACCACAGACAAGAAUAACAUCUGGAGAACCACAGUGAAGACGUCAUAGACACUGAAGACAACCAUCUGGAGAACCACAGACGAGAAGAACAUCUGGAGAAGCGUGGAGAAGAAGAGCAGUGUUCAGUGGAGAACAGCGAGCAUCAGGACCCCAGUUGAGUUCAGGUGUAGGAGAACACAGACACUCCUUGUGGGCUUGUGUGGUUCUUGUGACCCCCUCAGAGUGUUGCCCAUCUCUGCUACUGCUCAGUGUGUGGAUGAUGUUCUGCUGUGGAACGACAAACUAACCAAUCACAGCUCAAAGAAGGCAGAGAUUCAGGUCACGCCCACUGAUUGCAUAAUCACCACCGCCCAAUGGCAGCUCGAAGGUGUGUAGGAAUCUGUAAUGUGGUUAGAUGAGCUGCUCCACACCGCUGAACCUGACUAAAGCCACCAGCACAGUUUAGCUCAAACUAACAUCAUUUCCAGAGUAUGUUGAGGCCUUAAAGCGGAGAUAUCAUGCAGAAAUACUUUAAUGUGGGGUUUAAACACAGUAGUGUGUGUGAAUUUCUCCAGCAGCUCUAAUGAUCAACAUGAAUUAAUUGUAUUUUUAAUAAUCAGACUUGAUGAAAACACUCUGACUGACACUUACUGAUAUUAAAAGAGGAUCUGAUUGAGAUUACUGUAUAUAUAUAUAUAUAUAUAAAUAUGAGACACCAAGAUACUCUGAUGUCUUUGACAACACACGCAUGGGCUGACUCCACACCUCACCAGGUGGGAAUGCGGGAAAGCCAGCUCCUCUCUGUUAUUUACAUGUGAAGCCCCUCCCACAACCCUCUGUUCACUCUGAAUGGUCACUUCAAAGUGUGAAUGUUCUAAAUCAACCCAAGUGACCUUCUCUAUCAUGUCUGAUCAUCUGAAAUGCCUCAGUGCGACUGCUACAAUGGUCCCUCAGGAAUAGACAUAAUCAGAUUAACAGAUGCAGAUCUUCAGGUAUCUGUUGAACCACUGCUGAGGGUGUGCCUUACCCAGGGGCUUCCAUUCCAAUGCCCUAUAGGCAGAAACUCCUCAGAAUGUAGCUUGACACUAAUGCAAAUGCCUUGUGUUAUUCACACACACCCCUGCUUGAAAUGUUGGUCGUUUACCUGAGUGUACAGGUGCUUCUGCUCUGUUUUAUCAGACGUUAAACUUGUCUUCUAAGCUCAGCUUAACUCAGUGGUGAUGUGUUUAAUGAAUGAUUCUCUUGAUCUGGAUAAACAUCAGCUGUUUAAUAAUGACAGUGCUCAGUUCCUCAACCAUCGUCCACUAAAACAUCUGCUAUAUGAUACAGCUGAUUAUAGUGUGUCAGACGUGGUUUUAGCAGCGUGCCUUUAAUGUUUUGAUUGUGUAUGUCAUUUAUUAUAAAAUAUAAUAGUGAUGAAAGCCCAAA